UUCUACUGCUAGCUGGACGAGAUCCUCCAUUACAUAUCCUCCAUACCCCCUCCGUCCCUCCCUGCCUCUGGAAUUCAGCUUAUCUUGGAGAUCUCCUGCAGAGAGGUGAAACGCCCAAGCUAGUCAAUACUAGCAGGAAAUAUAGGAUGCAAUGGAGAACAAUUUCGAACACAAGCGCGACCACAAGGGAGUUUACACUUGAAUUCUUGGAACAAAUUACCGAUAAGUUUUCUGAGGAGCACAUCGUUGGUCGUGGUGGGUAUGGAGUAGUUUACAAGGGAGUAUUGGAAAAUGGGGAAGAGAUUGCUCUCAAAAAGCUUCAUCACAUGCCGGGACUUGACGACACGCAAUUUAGGAAUGAGUUUAAUAAUCUUAUGAGGGCCCAACAUCCAAAUAUUAUCCGGUUGGUUGGCUAUUGCUAUAAUCUAGGACAUCAAUGCGUUAAGUACGAUGGUGAAUAUAUUUUUGCCCUUUUGGAAGAAAGAGUUCUUUGCUUUGAAUAUUUGCAUGGUGGAAGCCUUGACAAGCAUAUUUCUGACGAAUCCUGUGGACUCAAUUGGCAGACACGUUUCAAAAUUAUUAAGGGAGUUUCUGAGGGUUUGAAUUACCUUCAUAAUGGAUCCAGAGAUCCUAUUUACCAUCUUGACUUGAAACCUGCAAACAUAUUAUUAGACCAGAACAUGGUCCCCAAAAUUGGAGAUUUUGGUUUGUCAAGACUCUUCCCUUCAGUACAAACCUAUAUCACGACUAAAAUUAUAGGAACACCCGGAUACAUGCCACCAAAAUACAUCGAGAGAUAUGAAAUCACAUCGAAGUAUGAUGUAUUCAGUUUGGGUGUUGUAAUCGUGCGGAUAGUGGCAGGAGAUGAGGGCUACUCCAAAUGUGCGCAUAUGUCUUCGCAAGAAUUUAUUGAGCAUGUACAUGAAAACUGGGGGAAAGGACUGCAGGAAACAAUGUCGUCAUAUACAUCAGAGCAGGUUAGCACAUGUCUUGAAAUAGCGCUGAGGUGUGUGGAGGUCGAUCGUGAGAAACGGCCUACUAUAGCAGAGAUUGUUGAUGAACUGAACAAGGUUGAUACUGCAGAAAGUUCACCUAAAGACAAGGUCACCAACCGCCCAAGCAAGCAUUACUUAAACCAAAAUACAAACUCAGGUAAACAUCUCGAUCAAAGGUAUAAAUACCAAUUGGUCAUGGAAGCAAGGCGAAUAGUUAGUGGGGGAUGAUGUGGCUGAACGUGGAGUUAGUGCAGAAAUGACAUGGCUGGACAUGGAGAUGGAGGCCAGAAAAAGAGUCUCUGGGGGACAAUUGUAAUAAUAUAUACUACAUAGAUUUGGAAAGGGGAGUGGUCUUAGGCAAUUAGUAUGUGUCGUUAGGGGUUUAAAUGUUCAACUAGACUAAAUGUAUAAGAUGGUUUGCUGAACUCUCGUACUUUAAUAAUAGUACUGUCUUUGCUUUG